AUGGAUGAAAAGGUUGAAAUGCUUGAAGCAAAGGUGCGACAUAUGAAAGAGCAGAAUCGUACUCUACGAAUGAUGCUGGAAACUAUGAGCAGAAAAUGGCAGAAGCUUCAACUUCAUGUUCAAGAGAUCAACAAUGCACAAGGUUGUCGCCAAAGUUUUUCCACAGCACAAAAGCCAUCGCGAAUCUUUGUUAAAACCCACCCCAAUGACAAUAGUGUGAUGGUAAAAGAUGGUUACCGGUGGAAGAAGUAUGGGCAGAAGAAAACUACUAAAGACAAUCCUUCACCCAGAGCUUAUUACAAGUGCGCGUUGGCUCCUACAUGCCCCGUUAAGAAAAAGGUGCAAAUAAGCAUACAGGAUAAGUCUAUCAUAGUCGCAACUUACGAAGGAAAGCAUAACCACGGUUUUGCUUCUCGUGAUUUAUUGAAGCCAUCAUCAUCGUCUACACCCGAAGUCUCGACAAUAAUGAAUAACGAUUUACCUAUGACAAACAUGUCGAACAACAUCAACAUCGACCUUUGUCUAUGGAAUCGUGUAACACUUUGUGAUGACGAUAAACAGCAUAAGGACGGUGGCACUCACAUUAAAGUUCAGGAAUGUGUUACUUCUCUGCUAAAAGAUCCUAACUUUAUCGCAUCUUUUGCUGAAGCCGUUAUUCUCUCCAUCAAUACUCAGAAUAAGCAAGUGGGUCUUAACCUCAGUUUGGGUCUUCCUCAACCACAUUUCUUUAAGUAA